AAUCAUUUUCUUACGAAAGGUAUCGCCUUGCUUGCACUUUUGUUGGUUGUUCUAGGUGACCCUACCAAACUAUUCCCUACUUUCGAUUAGGGAAUCGGGUUCCUUUUUUAUUUCCUGUUUAUUAGUUUUUAGGGGAUCUAAUAUGUUGCUUCUGCACGUGAGUCGAGUUUUUGUUUAAAAUAUAAGUUUUUUUUUUUUAGAAUCAUAAUAGUAUACGAGGAGGCUAAUCUACUUGAUCAGUUUUAAUGUUGUUGUAUAAUUUGAUGAUGUGUCAUAUAUUAAAAAGGUUUCUCCUUUUUUUUUAAGUGAGAUUUUUGAGCAAAUUUAAUGUCAAAGUCGCCCACAGUUAAGAUGAAAAAAAAAAACUUCAAGGUUCUUCAUGUAUUAGUUAAUUUCACUGAAAAGAUCAUGCUCAUGUUGUCGGCUACCUGUUUAAAAAGAUGGGAGUUUCUCCCAGUGAUACUUGUAAUAAAGCAAUUACGAGCCAAAUCUGUGGUGUUUUUUUAUCAAUUCUGGUCUUGAAAACACUGCUAUACUGUCUGAAGGGUUAGUUUAGUCAGCUACUUGCGGAAAUUAUACGGGGGUGGGAAAUAUGAGGGAUAUGUUAAGAUUUUGAUGAUGAGUGGGAGCUUGUUCUUUUUAACUUUUGUAUUUUACUGCGAAGUUGCUCACCCUUUAUUUUUCAGGGGAAGAAGGCAUUAUUUGUGUCGUAUUGGAGGCUAUAAGUCAUCAAGAUUUUGUUGUAAUGAUGCACUCUCUAAUAAAUAUUCAGUUUUUUUAAUAUAUCACUACACAUUGGGGAACCGGGAUUUUGUUUGGUUUUCAUACCACUUGAAAAGGCUUCGUCUGUUUUUCCAAGGAUGUGAAAUGAACUUUCACUUUGCAUGUUUUCCCUUGGAUUCUUUGAUAUGCAUAGAUUUUGCUUAAAAAUUUCCACCCACUAAGCUUACUCUAGCUACCAAACCCGUUCAUCUUAAUAACUCUCUUCUUUCUCUUGUCAAUUUUGAACUGGCUAUGAUCUUUAGUGUUGCCAGCCAUGUUUUCCAUGUUCCGGAUGUUUUAUUUGCAUUUCAAUUUUUAUUGACAUAUAUCAUUUCAAGAUGGCAACACUUGCUAUUCAUUAUCAUUAAAGAAAUUUUACAAGAAGCUCUUAUUCUAUGUCUUCAAUCAUCUUCCUCAGUGCAUUGUUAUUCUCUUGAAGGGACCAUCAGCUCUCUUUCUUGCCUUUUAUUAGUCCUCGAUGAAAUUUUUGUUGGGCCAGCAAAACCUUUUUAGGCCCAUAGGAACCCUGCCCAUCAGCUUAAUAGAUGGAUAAUUGGACUUCAAUCAACAUUUGGGGAAAUAUUCCCAUUGUAUCCUUCAUGGUCAUAUCAAAUCCUUAAUGUGUUUCAUGAAGUGAACAGUUAUGUUGGUUGUUCAAGCCAUGCAAGAGUGCAAAUGUAUCAUGUUAGUAUCAGGGAUUACUCAAGAAGGGUACCUUGAUCUCUUUCGUGACUUUUGCUUCUGAAAAUGAAGACAAUGAGAGAAGACAGCCAUCCCUUCCUUCUGCUAUUGUCAUUGGUGCAGGAUUUGCAGGCAUUGCCGCCGCUCGUGCUCUCAAGAAUGCAUCCUUUCAGGUGGUUGUUUUGGAAUCUAGGGAUAGAGUUGGUGGUCGUGUGCACACUGAUUACUCUUUUGGAUUUCCUGUUGACAUGGGUGCAUCCUGGUUGCACGGUGUCUGCAAUGAAAAUCCAUUGGCACCUUUGAUUGGAAGACUUGGGCUUCCCCUUUAUCGCACCAGCAAUGACAAUUCUGUAUUAUUUGACCAUGACCUUGAGAGCUAUGCCCUCUUUGAUACUGAUGGGAAUCAAGUCCCUCAAGAGCUUGUCAAAAAGGUUGGUGAGUUAUUUGAGAGAAUAUUAGAAGAGGCAAACAAACUAAGGGAUGAAUUUAAUGAGGAUAUGUCCAUUGCACGAGCACUUUCUAUUGUCAUGGAGAGAUGUCCACAAAUGAAGCUAGAAGGACUUGCCUACCGGGUAAUGCAGUGGUAUUUGUGCCGAAUGGAAGGUUGGUUUGCGUCAGAUGCGGAUACUAUAUCGCUUAAACAUUGGGAUCAGGAAGUCUUACUUCCUGGUGGUCAUGGAUUAAUGGUUCGAGGUUACUUCCCUGUUAUAAACACUCUAGCAAGAGGUUUGGACAUCCGUCUUGAUCACAGAGUUUCAAAUAUUGUCCGAGGUAAGAAGGGUGUCGAAGUUACAACCGAAAAUGGGAAAACAUUUUUAGCAGAUGCUGCUGUCAUUACUGUUCCUCUCGGUGUUCUUAAAGCCAAUCUUAUCAAGUUUGAGCCAAAGCUUCCGGAUUGGAAGGAAGAAUCAAUCAAUGGUAUUGCUGUUGGGACGGAGAACAAAAUUGCUCUGCACUUUGACAAUGUCUUUUGGCCAAAUGUUGAGUUCCUAGGAGUUGUCUCAAACUCAGCUUACAGUUGCAGCUAUUUCCUUAACCUUCAUAAGGCUACAGGUCAUCCUGUCCUUGUUUACAUGCCAGCCGGUCGCCUUGCUCAUGAUAUUGAAAAGAUGUCCGACGAAGCUGCCGCCAAGUUUGCCUUCGCUCAGCUCAAAGAGAUCCUCCCUGGCGCAUCUGAACCGAUAAACUAUUUGGUUUCUCAUUGGGGAACAGACAAGAAUUCACUUGGCUCAUACAGCCAUGACGCCAUUGGGAAACCCCGUGAGCUAUUUGAGAGAUUGCGGAUUCCUGUAGACAACCUCUUUUUUGCUGGGGAAGCAACCUGCAUGAAAUUCACUGGAACUGUUCAUGCCGCCUACUCUACUGGUCUGCGAGCUGCAGAAGAAUGCCGGAUGCGUGUGCUUGAAAAAUAUGGUGCUUUGGAUAUGCUUCAUUUAGCUAAUGGAGAAGUAGAGGCUGAAUCCAUUUGUGUACCGUUACUAAUCUCUCGAAUAUGAUUCUUCUAUAUUGUCAGGUAUUAGUUUUAUUGUCUUGUUGGAACUCAUCUCUAGUAUUUGAAAUGUUUUAUAGUAGGGGACAAUCUUUUCCUUGGACCUUAACUUUUCAGAGAAUACUUCUCUGAAGAGCACUGGAAGAGAAAUAAAUUUAAGCUCUACUUUUGGUAUUAAUGAUGAUCAUAGAAAUUGUUAUGCUUGUUUUA